CUCAACGACAGCUUGACCAGUUCUCCGACAGAUCUUUAAAGAGCCACUGGAAAAAGACACGACUCCACCCACAUUUUUUCCUGACUCUUUGCAACCGUUUGCUUUUGAAUGGUGACCCUCUCCGCACUGUCACAUUUUAACAAACACGCCGAAAUCUGGGGAAACCCCUCCCGUGUGCUCCCGAGUCUCUCGAAGUCACGAGUCUCCUUUAAAUUUCCUCCGAGUCUGGAUCUGCCAUCAGCAGUGCUCCUUCUUGAUGUUGUGGGGAAUACGCAUGCGCUCGGUUUUGGAAUUACUGCACUGGCAAGAAUAAGUUAGACCCCGCUUGUCUUGAAGGAAGAAAAAAGAACUAUAUCAUUUUAAAUGUCGUAGUGUUCCUAAGAAGAAGCAUGAGGACACUUUGCGUCUGUUUCUUCCUCGUAGUAGCAGCGGUGGCGCGCACUCAAAGUGUCGGUGUCAAUGACCCCAGCAACAUGCCUUUGGUCAAACAGACGGUGGAUAGGCUGUUGAAAGGUUAUGAUAUACGAUUGAGGCCAGAUUUCGGAGGUCCACCAGUUCGAGUGGGAAUGAAUAUAGACAUAGCAAGCAUAGACAUGGUGUCAGAAGUCAAUAUGGACUACACACUUACGAUGUACUUCCAGCAGGCCUGGCGAGACAAGCGGCUGUCCUACUCUGAGAUCCCACUUAACCUGACCUUAGAUAACCGUGUGGCCGACCAGCUUUGGGUCCCCGACACCUACUUCCUCAAUGACAAGAAAUCGUUUGUCCAUGGCGUCACAGUUAAAAACAGAAUGAUUCGACUGCAUCCGGAUGGUACUGUUCUGUAUGGUCUAAGAAUAACAACUACAGCUGCUUGCAUGAUGGACCUGAGAAGAUAUCCACUAGAUGAGCAAAACUGCACACUGGAAAUAGAGAGUUAUGGUUAUACCACAGAUGACAUUGAAUUCUACUGGCGAGGAGGAGUCGGUGCUGUGACAGGGGUGGAAAGGAUUGAACUGCCCCAGUUUUCCAUUGUGGAUCAUAAACUCAUCUCAAAGAAUGUUGUGUUCUCCACGGGUGCUUAUCCCCGGCUGUCCCUAAGUUUUAAGCUGAAGAGAAACAUCGGGUACUUUAUCCUGCAGACAUAUAUGCCUUCUAUCCUGAUCACCAUUCUCUCCUGGGUCUCCUUCUGGAUCAAUUAUGAUGCCUCUGCUGCUAGAGUAGCUCUAGGUAUUACCACUGUGCUCACUAUGACAACCAUCAACACCCACCUGAGAGAGACCCUUCCCAAAAUCCCAUACGUCAAGGCCAUAGAUGUGUACCUCAUGGGCUGCUUCGUCUUUGUCUUUUUGGCCCUGUUGGAAUACGCAUUUGUCAACUAUAUUUUCUUUGGCCGAGGCCCACAGCGACAGAAAAGGGCAGCUGAGAAGACAGCCUUAGCCAACAAUGAAAAGAUGAGGAUGGAUCCAAACAAGUGGCUUGUGGGAAAUGUUGUUGGUAGAGACGAUACCCUGUAUGCUAGAAUGAAACAACGAGAUCUGGAUGGUCAUGAUUCCAUGUGGGAGCCAUUUUUUGUAGAUGAUGCAGCGAUUGGACUUGGCGAUCAGAAGAAUAAGAUGGACCCACAUGAAAACAUCCUGUUGGGUACCCUGGAUAUCAAGAACGACAUGGGUGUUACAGAGCUGGCUUUGGGCCUCAAUGACCCAAGAAAUACCAUGUUAACUUAUGACAGCUCAAAUCUGCAGUACCGCAAAGCGGGCUUAGCCAGGCACAACUUUGGCCGGAACGCGCUGGACCGCCAUAUGACUCAGAAGAAGAGCCGGCUACGGAGGCGGGCUUCUCAGUUAAAAAUCACAAUACCUGACCUCACUGAUGUAAACUCUAUUGACAAAUGGUCACGGAUCAUCUUUCCAACAGUUUUUUCUUUUUUCAACAUUGUUUAUUGGCUUUAUUAUGUAAAUUAAGAGGAAAAGCGUCAUCAGCCAGGGUAGGAACAAACAGCAACAUGUAUCGCUUCUUUCUUCAUCCUCUUUGUUUUAUUUUUAUAUUUACGUUACUCUGAUACACUAAACUCAGUUGUUAUAUUCCAAACUGGAGCCAGGAUGUAAUGGAAUUGAACAUUUACCUGCUAACAUGAAAAAGAGACUUUCCACAUAAAAGGUGCCUGUUCCAAAAAAAUUAUAAAUAUUGCAUAUUUUGUGUAUCUCGUAAUCUUUUGUUGUUUGAAUUUUUAUGUUAGUCUUUUAUUUUCUUUUUACAUACUUACAAAAUACUUAAUUGCCAAACUCUAAGAAACAUGAAUUAAUUGACAUUAAUCUUACUCACUGAAACUGAAAUAGAAAAACUGUCAGAGUUUUCAGGACAUUAACUCUUUUCUAAAAGAAAUUUGACAAAAAUUGUAAAGUUUUUGCAUUUGUUUAACUUUAUGCUACUAAUGUAUAUUAUAACAUGUAAUGGCCUGAAAUACACUUUUACUGUGUCAAGUUGUAUAAAAAAGUUAAAACUUUUUAAAGUGAAUUCUCUUUUACUAUAUUACCUUUGAGGUUGUAUCUAAUAAUAUCCAAAUACUAUUUACCAUUGUAUUGAACAGAAGCAACAGUCUACAUCCAAAUAUUGACACCAGGUAAAGAAUAAAACUUUUCCUGAAAAGUGAAAGAAAAAAAAAAGUUUUCAUAUGUGAAAUAUUCAUUUUAGCUAUUCAUUUUUUUCAUUUGCAACAUUUGAUUUUACAUCAGUGCACAUGUAUACAAUAGAAGUAUCUACAUAAAGAGGAAAAAUCCUGAAAGUUUAUAUGAAAAUAUCCCUGUAAAGCAUUUACUACAAAAAAAAAGAGAAAUGUACUUGUUUUUUUAGAUUUACUCUUUUUUUAAUUUAAAACACAAAAAACAGAUUCGUAUCUACUAAAACAGUACUUUAAAAAUGUGAAAAUAUUUUAUUGUAACAAUAAAACACGGUGCUGAAAGUAUACAAAUACAAAAGGGCAAUGGAGAAUAGAAAGAUCAAAAUGUCAGAAAGCACAAAAAAACAGUCAUUGUACAUUUUCUUUAUCUUAUCUGUAACAAGUAUCAGUAAUAUUUAAAUUGUUCUUCUUUCCAAGGAUCUUUUUGGGAUAUAUUUAAUUUAUCUUCCUAUCCAGAUCCCACAAUAGGAGAGCAUUAACCUAAAACAUCAUCUUAAACAAUAGAUUAAAACUUUCCACUUUAUGGUAGCACCACCCACCAUCUCAGCAUCUAUGAGAUUCUGUUGGUCCACAGCCCACAAUCUCACACUUUUACAACAACAAAUAUCACCAUGGCUGCAUUUUUUCAUUCUUUUAUUGAUUUAUUUUAUUUAAAACAAUAAAUAUUCUAAUGUUCUAGCAUCAGGUGAGUGUAAGGCGACAUACAGUUGAAAGGAAGAGAGCAACUUUAUAUCAAUUGAGCUCAGUAGUGUAAUGUUAAUUAUCUGAUUUAUUUUAGACAAUAUAUGUUUGUCUUUCAGUGUAGAUAUUCUUUUCAAUAAGUUCAUUUUUCUUUCUCUCUUUCUCCUACAGAAGCUAAUUUAAGCCCCUCUUCAUUGUUCAAUUUCAAAAUAGUAAAAUAUACAGAUUUUUUGCUUUUGCAAUUCUAUCCAGUAAGUUUGGAAUCACAAACUUUUUCAAAUGUGUACCCAUGUAGUUUUUGAUUUUCCUAUGAGAGCAGUAAAAUCCUGAGGAUGUUAAGCCUGGUAGUUUGCCAGAAAAGUGAUCUAAAGCCAUAUAGACUGGACAAUACCUCCUCUCAUGUCUGGUGCUAAUUGGACUUCAGAUAAUGUUUUGCAUUUGCAAAGAAAAAAAAAUGUACUUGUGAAGAAACAGAAAUACUGUAACAUAUUCAAAACAUCCCAAAGGGUAUUUUCUUGUGUGUAUCUAAAGCAUCAACUUUGUCUUGUUUAUUGUUUUAGAACCCACAACACAUGAAACUAGCCGGAUAACCUUUAAAGGGGAAUAUUCUUGUUUUUAGCUACAGCUGCCUUAAAAAUACUAGUUUAAAAACUUCUAAACUGACAAAAUUUUUCACAACAGAUUUUAACAAAGUACAAAAACUGUUUCCAGAGGACAUUGGUCCAUAUCGACAUGAUGGCUGGCAGACUCAUUGACAUUUUCUUUGAAUGAUGGUAUCAUUCAGCUGUCAAGGGCACAACCAUGGUAGAAAAGUAUUGUUUUUAGACCCAAGUCCAUGCCUUUUAAUCCCCAAUUGGACAAUCCUAAAAAAAAAACUUUUGAAUAUCCCGGUUCUUCAAAGGUCAACUUGGAGUUUCCCAAGGAAAAAAAUAUGAUUUUACACCCAAAUAAAUGUAGGUACAGUCAAACAUUUUAAAGGCUUUUGUUUUAUUUUUUAAUGAUACUACCUGUGUUGGCUGUUUUAAUCAAUCUUUUCGAUUUGAGUUUUAAUUUUUGCCUAAUUAGGGGCAUUGUGUUUGUGCUUGGAAGGUAGUGGAUUCAACAAAACGAUUGGUCUUGCCCAGUCCAACUUUUUCAGCUUACUGUUAAACUGGGGUCAAUGUACUUCAGGCUUUUAGACUAAAACAAAAAAAUCCCAACAGAUUGACUUCAAAGUCACUGCAUUGUGCAUUGAAAAGCACCAAAAUUGCCUAGAAAUCUCAGAAGGUGUAACAGCCGCCUUCUGACCAAAUAGAUGCAGUAAUGCACAAAGUAGAAAACUGGCUAUCCCUUUAAGUCACUUUUACAUUCUGUACAUGCUUUCUUGGUUGCAGUAUCUUAGGUCUAUACUUCUACUGUAGGCUAACCCAGGCCAAAGUUUACUUGCUACUGAAGCAAGGAAAUCUACUGUAGAGAUGAUUAUCUAUUGAAGAAAUAUUGACUAUAUUGACUUCAUUCAAAACGCCUUUACUAACAAAACUAAUAUUUUUUUCUCAUUUAACCAGACCUUAAAGUUCACAAGAGUCCCAGUGAAUCUGUUAUUGCUGAACAAUUCAGACAAGCUUGUCUGGCAUCAACAACUACACAACACAGACUCAUAAGUCUUCCCAUCUCCUUCUGCAGUGCUUUGUUUCACCAUUUUUUCAUUUUAAGUUUAAUUUUAGUUUUUAUUAGAACGUUUAUUUAAAUCCUUAGCUGCGUACUGAAGUAGCAGCAUGCUGCUGCCAUGAUUAAUGUUAAAGCACAACAGCACUGAUGGUGCAGCCUGUAGGAUAUGACCUCUUUUACAAAGAUGUAUUUAACCUUUUAUCCCUGGAGAACAUUGUUAAAAGGCAAAAAAAUAGUCUCUUUUUAAAGAUAUAAAGAAUUACAGGAUAACGUGAUGGUAAAAUGUCCAAAGCAAUCCCUGAGAUCUAAAACCAAACUUUGAUCAAAUGUGUGAGAUUUUUCAAAUUAAUUUCACUGAUUUCAAAUUAGUGCAUUAGCCUUUUGUUUUUAACUUACAUUUCUUUUUAAUUUAAAUAUAUUUUGAUAGAAAAUGCUUUUAGACAAAAAAUACUCUAACUUCACAUACAUAAAUAUCAAUAUUUUUAGUUAAAUUUGAUGAGCUUGGAAAGUAAGAAAAUAAUUUAUAGAAAGAUUCUGCCAAUUUUGUUGAUUUUGGCGAGGUUGUUUUCUUCUUAAACUUAUUUUUUAAAGCUUAUUUAAGUACAACAAAUCUUACUUGACAACUUUAGAAUAGAAAGAUAUAAUUCAAAAUAAACAAAAGCGUUUAAUGGAUUAGUCAACAUGUUCAAAAUCCAGCUCUAUCAAAAAGAAUACAUUACAUUAAAUAUUGCUUUACUCUAUAAUUUUGUUCUGUAACGCAAUAUUUAUUUAUUACAACGCGCCCUACAGUUAGGUUUCUGACUAAAUCUUUUACGUAUUUUCCCAAAUGGAUCAUGUAAAUAAAUCAAAAGAGAAACCCUCAUUUUUGAACUUUAAAAACUGCGUCUGGUGUGUGAUGUCAGUGCAAUACUUGAGUCUUCCAACUUUUUGAUUUAUGCAUUUAUUUUUUUCAGAUUUAGGUACUUAUGUCCAUGAGAACAUAUUGAUUUUAACAAUGUUUUAAAUUUGUUCUAAGAAUAAUGUUUUGUUUCGUUUAGAUCAUUGGAUCGAAACUGAUAGGUGUAAGAAAGCUAACUAAAUAGGGUACCUAAGAUAAGAGCAUAAUUAAUGUGAAAAAUAAGAAGGAAGAGAAGCCAAACUAAGAAUCGUAGAAAACAAGAAGAGAAUCCAUCUUAAAUAUGUAUAUAUUAGGUUGAUUAACAGCCAUAAACUGGAAUUUAUUCCCCAAAAAAUGAAGAAAAGAUAAAAAUCAUUUAAUAUAAUUUUUGUUUUAAUGCAAAUAAUGAUGUGAAUCUCUGUAAAUAGUUUAUUUUUGAAGGCUAAACUGUAUUUUUCUUUGUUUUUUUGCUAUUGCUUAAGUCUUUUUUCUCCAAAGAAUAAACAAGUAUUCUUGAAUGUAGGUGAUUACUUUGCAGGAUACAUUCGGGUUGGCACAGUUAUGACCUUGCACCAACAAUUAGCUGAAGAAAUGUAUGCCAUCUGUAUUUCAAACACCCAUGCAGACACUAAGCCACAUAAAAGGGGAAAGUAAAAAAAAUAGUCUCUCACACUUUUAUAACUAAAAAGAAGAAUUUUCAUUUUCCUUUUUUCCCCAAACUCUUAGUCUAUUAGCUUGUUUUCACUGUUUUUUAACACACUGAAAUGACAUGAACUUGGUUUUAAGCACAGUCAUAACAUCCUAGUCUUUAACCCACUGCUGCCAAAGUUCAAUCAAAAACAGCUCCAAACAGGUCUAUUUCUUAACCUUUACAAAAAUAUUCUGUUUGGUAUUUUAAAGUCUAUCUGAGUGUGAGUGUCCACAAGUGAAUGUUGGCCAGACGUUUCCAAAGCAGUUCUGCAAGUUCUGCUCCAUGAGUUCAACACUUUGUAUGUUUUUGUAUAUCACAGUGCUCUUUUUGUUGCAUAUAUUUUUAUACUUCUAUAUAUGUGUGUUAAAAAAAAAAUCACUGUUGUUAGGGAAAGCCUCCUGGAUUCAUUUUCUUUCUUUUUUUGCCAUUACAUUGUUUUUCAAGGACACAAAACCUUUUAUGACGUAUUAGAAAAUAUUUCCAUGUCUACUGUGUGAAAAGUUUGUCUGAUUGGUUUUGAACAGAUUUUCUCCCCCCCCCCCCCCCCCUUGGAACGUUGCGGUUUAUAUCAAGGUUUGAUGAUUUCAGAAGAGAAACGUUUAAACGGAUAGACUGACCAACAAGACACAUCUCAGUGACUGUACGUUUGCACACAUUUACAGAACAAGCCUUAGACUCCUCUACUGGACCUCACCUGAAGCAGUUUUUUACCCUUUCAGAACCCAUCACCUUGAAAAAAAAUAAUAAUGUGCCACUCACAAGAACAUCCCCAGAAAAGCUGAAAAAGCUGUAUGUUUUUAUUAUGGAAAAAUACUGGGAAUUCCUGGAUUGUCAAUAAAUAUUGAAUACACUUCUGAAUCUGUGUGUUUAUUAUUUAUGAUUAGAAUGGUAUAAAAUCUGCAUAAAUUAUAUGUUUUUAUUCUAUGCCAAACAGAUUUAUGGCUAUAUAUAUUAAUUCCAAAAUAUUUAUACACCCUUUCAGUGCUGAAAACACAGACAUGUAUUAAUUUAAUACACAGAAGUGUAUUACAUUUGUUCUUUGGUCAUGCAGUUUAUAAAUACACUUCAGAAAUUACUGCACGGUUAAUCUCUGUCCAAUAUUAGGUCUACUGAAUAUUUUGAACAUUCCAAGGUGUUUUGGUGUUAAUAAGCAGCACAGUAGAUGCAUCUACAAAUUUCACUGAAUUAAAGUCAAGAAAAAAAGCCGACUGCUAUCCUGCCAUCCCUCUAGCCUAUGACAAAUAGCUUUGGUUAAAAAAUUAAGCCUGUUUUUAAUAUCAAGUAGGAUGAACUUCCCACAUUCUCAAAUGUGUAUUUCAGAAUGCAAAAACAAUUUAGGAAUUUCAGUUUGUCCAGAUUUUCUAGAUAUACACGGUAGUAUUAAAAAAGGGAACAACAAUCUGUUGUACCUUAAAGUACUUUAGAAAGCCUUUAUAGCUAACCGUAUUGUUGGACUACAAGGCGCACCAAAUUCUAAGGCUUACAAUAUGAAUUAGCAGAGAAUGAACACUCUUUUUAUACAUAAUGCACAGCAGAUUAUAGGGCAAAUGUAGCAAAUCAAAAAGGAUAUAUAAUGGGGUAUUUCUCAAAGGUUCCAAGAGGUGGAAGCCAAUUGAGUUGAUGGGAAGUUUUUAGUUCUAGCAAGGUUGCGUCAGGAAGGGCAUCCGGCGUAAAACAUUGCCAAAUAUACCAUGCGACUUGUUCGCUGUGGCGACCCCUGAUGGGAGAAGCCGAAAGAGGAAGAAGGAGGAGUUGUUACACAUGUACAAAUCUUUAUCUGCAACAACCAGCCUUUGCAGACACAGAGUACACAGAGAGUCAAAUUUAUUCAGCUCACUAUCAAUAAUUCUCAUAAUUAUUUAGUUGUAACACAUAAAAUAUAAAACUAUACAUUUGCUUUAUCUGUUCAUGAUGUUAUAGCACAGUACCCAUCACUCUGUCAGGCUCCUAACUGCAGUUUACUUAAGGCUUGAGAAUCUAUAGUGUUGCAGCUUUGUAGUUUACCAUAGUUGUAUUAAAGCAAUUGACAGAUUUGAGUACCA